UAGGUGCGUAUACUGUUUCAAGGAGCUAUCAUCAAUCAAUCAGUACUUAAAUUUACAAUUACAAUACCCUAUCUUAGGUUAAAGUUCAUUUUGAUUCUGUAAUAAGCAAAAUUGGUCUUGUUUAAUAAUGGGUUUACUAUUAAUUUUGUUUUUAUUAUCAAUUUUUGAUCGAAAGUUGGGAUUGAGAGAGAUGUUAUUUUGUUGGAGCUUUGAUUGAUGUCGUUUCUGUUGUUUGAUUUUAUUAUCCGUGUUUGUUGAUUCUCAAGUUUAUCAGUUUGAUUCUAGGAUGGGUAAAAUUGGUCUUAUUUAAGAAUGAGUUUACUAAGGAUUUUGUUUCUAUUAUCAAUUUUGAUUCGAAAUUUGGGAUUAGGAGUUGUUUUGUUUUGAUUGGCAACAUGCUGAGAACAAUUAGUGGGGUGGUAUAAUAUCUUGGUUAAGUUUUGUUUAUACUGUUUCGAUGUCAAGUUUUGAAAUCUUAUCGAUAUAGCACCGUAUGGUUUACUGUAAGAGGGUUUUUACAUACACGACUUAGAUGCAACAGUUAUAAGAAUCUUUGCAAGUGUUGAACUUGUUGUACUGGGGUUUAUCUCUCUUUUUCUCGCUUUUGGAAAUUGGAGUUGUUCCUUAGCUAUGUUGUUGCCAAAUGUACCGAGGUAUUGUCAACAGCUUGAUUAAGAGGAGUGAAUCAGAAGAUCUUUUUUUUCACCCAUACAAGAGUAAGGUGGUGUGAGGAGACUGGUUAAUUUGAUUUGCUCAUAACAAUGUCGUCUCUAAGGAAUUCUGUCCCUAGGAGAGCUCACAAAGAACGAUCCCAGCCGCAAGCAAGAAAAAAGUUUGGGAUUCUUGAAAAGCACAAAGAUUACCGUCAGCGUGCAAAGGCAUACCACACAAAGGAGAACAUUAUACAGAUACUCAAGGAGAAGGCUGCAAACAAGAACCCAGAUGAGUUCUACUAUAAUAUGAUCAGAUCGAAGACUGUUGAUGGAGUCCACAUACCAGAGAGCGAGGCCAAAUUCACUCAAGAUCAACUCAUGCUGAUGAAAACCCAAGAUAUGGGGUAUAUCAAACAGAAAUGGCAAAGUGAGAAGAAGAAAAUCGAAAGGUUAAGUUCCAUGUUGCACUCUCUUGGUGAUCAGACGCCAAACAAACAUGUUUACUUUGCCGAAGACAGGGAAGAGGCCAAAGAAAUUCAAUCAAAUUUACCACCACGUGGAAAGUUGCCUUCUCAGGAUAUCCCUGCUCAUAUCAAAAGGAAAACAGAGAUAUCUUAUAGAGAGCUGGAAGCACGUAAAAAAAGAGCAAAUGAACUGGAGAAGAUGUACCUGGAGAUGGCCAUGAAGAAGGAACUGCAGAAAAAGGGCCGGAAACGUAAACUUCGAGAGGAUGAGAUUGUUUCUCCAACUUCUGGACCUGUAUAUAAGUGGAGAACGGAGCGAAAGCGGUGAAAUGUUGGGCAGUUUCAUUGUCUUCAAAACAUCAGCACAACUUGAUAAGAGGUUUUGUUCUCAAGCUUGCCUCUUAAAAGCAGCCAACUUUUUUAUUGGACCAGAUGGUAGUGGUUUCUUUUUUAUGGUAGUGGUGAUGUUAGAUAGUUGCUUGAAAUUCUGAGUUAAAGAUUAAGAGGAAUUAGGGCCAGAUUUUUUGUUCGGAAAAGUUGAACCAUUUACCUGCAAAUGUAUACUGGCAAUAUGGCGAGAACAAAGACCUGACCAAAGUUAAAACCACCUGUUAUGAAGUGGGGGUAUUGAAAAAUUUGAAAUCCAAUACAUGCACAGCAUUGGAUUCUGCAACAUUGGGUGCUCCAAGCCUUGUAACUGAUACUCACUUGAAAUUUAAGAGGAUUCAGGGCCAGAUUUCUUGCUGAAAA